AUGAACGCGGCCUCCAUCACCUGGGGGGCUCCUGCAACAAAUAGACGAGGUGUCGAAGUUGAGGAGAUGCUGGCUACUCUGGACCUCGUCCCUUUUAAUCGAGGUAAGCGUCCCACCUACGAGAGAGGCGAUAGGAAGUCAAUAAUUGAUGUCACCCGCGCCAACGAGAGAGAGGCACGGGACACUCGGUACUGGACGGUCGAGGAGGAGGAGACCCACAGCGACCAUAGAUAUAUAACGUGGAGACUGGAGACCAGUGGUGGAACAAAGAAACCAGUCAAUCGAGCCAGCGGAGGGCCACAAGGCCUGGAGCAGAUGAUGAGCCGGAGUAAAAACCAGUGCUGGAGGCAGCUGUGCGCAGAGCUGGAGAGCGACCCGUGGGGUAGAGCGUAUAAAAUUGCGUCCGGGAAGCUGGGAAAGAGACAGAGAGUGGUAGGCACCGAUGAAGAGAUGAUUGAAAAGAUACGGCAUUUGUUUCCAAGACAGGAGAGGGCCGCAGGUAGCUGGAACGAUGAGAGCCGGGAGCAACCGGCGGAGCCGAACAGUGACAAUGAGGUUAGGGAGGUGGCCAGGAGGAUGCCCAGAAUGAAGGCGCCGGGAGUGGAUGGUUUCCACCGGAGUUUGUCGCGUGCGUUGCCCAAAGGGCCCCGGAGUGAGGCCGACUUUCAAUUCGGUGCUGGGCACGGGAAUUUACCGGACGGGGUGGAAGAAAGAAAAAUAGUCCUGAUCUCCAAAAAGGACGGUGAGACCGAUUGCACUUAUCAGCCACUUAAGCAAGCAGUACGGUUUCACGAGGGGAAUGGGUACGCGCUAGAAAGAAUACACGCCAGGGUCGAGGUGGUAAUGAGAGGGACCCGGAGAACCAGGGAGGUGGCGGUGGUGACGUCCUUGAACGUCCGCAACGUCUUCAACACGGUGCCCGUCUCCGUAACCAUGGAAGCCCUAGAGCGAAAAGGGGUGCCUGCCAGCCUGCGACGUUUCGUUCUGAGUUACUUAACUGAAAGAAUGGCAAAGGCGAAGAUUCCGUCGGGAGCAGAAUACAAGUUUGAGAUUAAUGGAGGGGUACCGCAGGGCUCGGUCCUAGGCCCUCUACUGUGGAAUGCGACAUAUGACGCAGUGAUGGAGUUAAGGGUUCCCAGGGGGGUUGAAUUGGUGGCAUACGCGGACGACCGGAUGAUCGUGGUAACAGAUACAGAACUCGAGAUGGCGGCGAGGGACAUCCAGGUGUGGAUGGAAGAUCGCGGUAUGCAACUGGUGGGACCCAAGACCCAGGCGGCAUUGCUGGCCGGAAGAAGAAGGCUUUCUUUCCUCUACUAUGAUUGA